AUGGAGUUUACAUCCACUUCGGGGGGCUUUCGCUCCAGGAGAUCAUAUCCCAACCUGAACCACGUCUCUCUGGCACCUUUGACCCCACGAUUCCCCAUCGACGACGACACAGAAGCAGACUACUUCAACCACCACGACAAUGAAUCAUAUCUAUCCAGCAUCUCCGUCCCGAGCACACCCCCAAUUCUCUCCCACUCCCGCAGCAACUCCCGCACCCGCCACCACACACGCAGUAAAAGCUCAACCCUAGCCCCAUUAAGCGACACCAACCUCCAAAGCCGCCAUCUCAGCCACCCCCUCCACCACCGAAACCCAAACAGCAUAUCCGUAGCCCCAGGCCGCCCCCGCCCGCCACCAAUCUCCACCCCCAAGUCCAAAUCCGACGCAGAAUGGAUGCUCCGCGCCGGCAUCGCGCUGGCCUCAUCCACGCGCGAAGAAAAGGGCCAAAGCUGGCUGCACAAGCGCGAAAGCUCCACGAGCCUCGUGUCCGAGCACUUCGAUGAACCGCGUCACCACCGACGGACGAAGUCAGGUCCGUCGCGCAAGACUCGCUCAGGGGCCUCGACGCCGUUCCGGUCCCGCGCAGCCAGUAGACGGGGGAGUCGGGCUGGAUUGGCCAUGACUACGCUUCCGACUACGUCAUCGUCUCCGGCAGAGCGAUUCUCGACAGGUACGGGAGCUAGUAGUCCCGAGCGGGGCGGGGCUCUAGUGCCGGAUUUUGUGGACGAGCGGAUCCGCGCCGAGAUGGCGACGCUGGGUGGGUUGGAUGGGGAUUGGGAGGGGUCUGAGUCUGGGUCUGGGUCUGAGGAUUCGGAUGAAAUGCCUGAUUUCGAUGAGGCGGAUUUGCAGCAGUUGACGCGGGAGCGGGGAUUCGGGCUCGGGUCUUGGAUUGAUCGGCUGGUUGAAUGGACUUUGUUUGGGGUUGAUGACUGGCCUGUUGUUCCGCCUGCUGGAUCUGGGGAUUCGCGGAUUGGAUCUGCGGAUACGACUACGACUGUUACGUUUGAGGAGCCUGUGGAGUGGGAUAGGGAUGUGGAUACGCUUUCGCUGGUUGAGGAGGUGGAUUCUGAUGGGAGUGUUUCUCACGAUGAGAUUUCGUCGGAUGAAGCCCCUGAGAAACCGGGGCUGCAGGGUGGGUGGGAAGAUGCUGGGUGGUUGUUCCGUGUUGUCAAGCGAGCAUUGGUAUGA